GUCGAGCGUCUCGGAGACGUGUCCAUUCAAAUCAAUUGGACAAUUUCAAGUUUUCUCAAUUUGUCUGUGUCCAAUAAUUGGGGCAGAGGUCAUCUGCAGGGGGAACAAUGGCUGUGUCCGUUAGUGAUCUUUCUAUCCUGCUCCAAAAUAUAUCGAUCUCUUCCGAACCAAAGUCUGGCCUGGACGAACUGAAGAACGUUUUAUCUACGCUCCGUAUUGAUCAUAUUCAAAAUGCUGGCGAUGAGCUCGAUCUAAAAUUCUAUUUGACUGCUUGAACAGCUCCAGCAAGGAGCAGGUGGAGACAUGUUCUGAUGUGCUUGGCAAGCUGUUAGUUGCAAGUCCAGCCUCUGUAAACAUCAUGAGGUACCCAACUGAGCUUGACCGAGCUCUGUCCCACCCCAUGGAGGCUGUCAAACUGCUGGUGCUCAAACAGGUGUCACGAUGUGUUGCUGAUGACAGUGCAUUGAGGAACUUGAAACUCCAUUCUGGAUUACUGAAGAAUGUUAUCAGCUGCAUUGGGUGCCGCGAGGCGUCAGUGGGCUCGGCGGCCAUACGUGUGGUGACGGCGCUGGCCUGUAGCAGCCAACAGGCCGUCCUACUGGUGUUCAGCCCGCCACUGCUCGACCAGCUGCGCCAAACCAUGGCCUCCAGCGACGUCGUCCGCUACCGGGGAUACGAGGUGGCGGUCAGCGUUUCGUGCGUGUCGCGGGAGAACAUGAAGCUUCUGACGGACGUGGGCCUGCUGCCCGAGCUGGUGCAGGAGGUGUUUGGCCGCGACGUUCUGGUGCAGCUGAACGCCCUCGAGCUGCUCACCACGCUGGCGCGGGCCGACCACGGCUUCGAGCACCUGGAGGCGGAGGGCGUUACCCAGCGGCUGGAGAAGCUGCUGACCGUGCCCGAGGACGCGUCGAUGCACGACUACAUCCUGCCGGGUGUGAUGAAGUUCUUCGGCCAGGUGGGGCACGACCGGCCUGAACACGUGCUGUCACGGUACCCGUCGUUCGCUGCCAACCUGCUCUCGAUGGCGGCCGAGCCGGACCACACUCGUCGCCUGUCCGCGCUCGACACGCUGGCCUGUCUCGGAAUGACGGCCGCCGGCAAACUGGCGCUCGGCAGACAAGGUACGGCCAUGACGGAAUGCGUGGCCGAGAUCGGCCGGCUGGCCCAGAACGCGCCCAGCGAACUUCGCAUCCGGGCCCUGGAGACCAUCGAGCAGCUGCUCCAGCUGAAGGCGGGUGAACUGACGGACGAGCUGCUGGCGCUGACACAGGCCUGGUUCGCGGCCGUGGCGCCCCAGCCGCUCGACCUGGUCUGGGGCCUGGCGCGACAGCCGUUCCUGGACCUGCGCCUGGCGGCGCUGCGCGUGCUAGCCGCUGUCGCCGCGCUGGAGUGGGGCCAGCGGGUGUGUUUGGAACGUGCCGGGUUCCUGGAGUACCUGCUGGACCGCUCCACCGAGUCCAGCAAGGAGGGCCGGGACGCCAAGUUCGCCGUCGUGGCCGCCAUCGUCGGUUCGGCCAGCAGCCGGCACGCGGUGGCGCCCAGCGCGCUGGCCCAGCUCAGCGCCUACCACGAGCAGGGCGCCUUCUACGUGCGCGCCACCACCGAGGUGGCUUUGGACGAGUCCACCUAGGAGAGCACAGAACGCAGCUCACGGGGCGGCCGUGGUCGGCGAUUGGUGACAGGCAGACCGGCCGGGAUUGGCGGCUGACAACCGACGGAUCACGACUCAGGAAUGACGGCCGACGUGUCACGAGCGGCGGAUCACGACGGACAUGUCACGGCUGAUGAAUCACACGGACGGUUCACGACUGACAAACCUCAGGUGACCGGUCACGAUCACGACUGAUAGACCACAGGUGACCGGUCACGAUCACGACUGGUAGACCGCAGGUGACCGGUCACGAUCACGACUGAUAGACCACAGGUGACCGGUCACGGUCACGACUGACAAAUCAUUGGGGACCGGUCACGGUCACGACUGAUAGACCGCAGGUGACCGGUCACGAUCGCGACUGAUAGACCGCAGGUGACCGGUCACGAUCACGACUGAUAGACCGCAGGUGACCGGUCACAAUCACGACUGAUAGACCACAGGUGACCGGUCACGGUCACGACUGACAAAUCAUUGGGGAACGGUCACGGUCACGACUGAUAGACCACAGGUGACCAGUCACGGUCACGACUGACAAAUCAUUGGUGACCGGUCACGACCACGACUGAUAGACCGCAGGUGUCCGGUCACGAUCACGACUGACAAAUCAUUGGUGACCGGUCACGAUCACGACUGAUAGACCGCAGGUGACCAGUCACGGUCACGCCUGACAAAUCAUUGGUGACCGGUCACGAUCACGACUGAUAGACCUCAGGUGACCGGUCACGAUCACGACUGAUACACCUCAGGUGACCGGUCACGGUCACGACUGGUGAAUGACAACUAACAAGUCACGACUGAUGAAUCGCGGGUCACGAUUCACGAGUGACGGAUCGCGACGGACGAAUCACGGCAGCUGGACUACGGUUGAUGAGCGAUGAGUGCAGAUCACGACUGAGGGCUCACAUCGGCCGGAUCACGAACGGCAGAUCAGACGCCGCCCCAGCAGGGACUGCCGGCCGAAGUCAGUGAACGGCAGAUCAGACGCCACCCCAGCAGGGACUGCCGGCCGAAGCCAGUGCCGUUGCAGUGCGGGUGCCCUUAUUCCGGCGGCGUCCCUUGAUGCCAUGGACCCGCGUCGUGCCGUCGCGUCGCCAAGGUCGAGCUGACAGCCGUUUGUGAUAUUGUGGAUGUGUUGGCACAUCGGUGGGCACGUGGCCGGCCCCGCCGUCGGGAAUACACGGGCUCGCGCCCGCUG